CACCCAAAAGCGGAAAUAGGGGAAAUAACUGAGAUCGAUAAAAGAAGAAGGAAGAGACGAUUCGCUGUAAGUUUUUAAAAUUCUGACAGAUGAGGUGUGAAUGAGCUGGAACGAUAAUUCGUCAGCAGAGUCCGACAGGGCCUCGGAAACCAAACCACUAAUGGAUGGGUGUGUGGACUCAACUCGGAGGCAUUUGUACGAAGAUAUCAGAUCGAAUGACACAACAGCAACUGAAACUGAACAGGCUGAGGAGAACCAUGACAGACAGAUGAACACUCGCCCAGCACGAGACGGGACCACUGUCCAAAGGCGGUCAGCACGGUCUAAUGAUGAAGAAGAGGAGGAUACACUACUGUAUGGGGCCAAACAUGUCAUUAUGCUGUUUGUACCUGUGACGCUCUGUAUGGCAGUAGUUGUAGCUACCAUCAGUUCCAUUACGUUCUACACAGAUAAAGGAGGUUACCUAGUGUAUACACCAUUCCAUGAUGGAGACAAAGCUGAUGCUGACACUGGAACCAAAGUCUGGCAGUCUGUGGCCAACGCUCUCAUUCUACUGGGCGUUAUAUGUGUUAUGACAAUUGUACUCCUCUUGUUGUACAAAUUCAGGUGUUAUAAGGUAAUCCAUGGCUGGCUGAUUACAUCAUCACUAAUGCUUCUAUUUUUAUUUUCCUACAUUUAUCUGGGGGUGGUGCUACAGGCCUAUAAUGUUGCAAUGGAUUACAUCACUGUGGCUCUAUUGAUGUGGAAUUUUGGGGUGGUAGGCAUGAUUUGUAUCCACUGGAAGGGACCCUUAUUUUUACAGCAGGCCUAUCUCAUUGUCAUCUCCGCACUGAUGGCCCUUAUCUUCAUUAAAUAUCUACCAGACUGGACCACUUGGGUGGUGCUAGGUGUCAUGGUUGUGUGGGAUUUAGUAGCAGUGCUUUGUCCAAAGGGUCCUCUGAGAAUUUUAGUAGAAACAGCACAAGAGAGGAACGAACCAAUAUUCCCUGCACUUAUUUAUUCCUCCACUGUGGUUUGGUCUGUUGUUGGAAUGGCUAAGGAUGGAUCUGACAAAAAGAAAAACAAGAAAAAGAAAUCCAAAAAUCAAGCACCAGCAGCCACAGCUGAUCCCGAUCAUUCCGAGGAGGAAGAUGAUGGCGGAUUUUCAGAGGAGAGACCUCCCAGACAUUUGUCUCAGAGCUCUGAAGAAACUGCCAGGGCAGUACGGGCUGCUAGAACUUUAGGAGAUUCAGAAAAUGGUCAGCGACGAAGUACAGAGAGAAAUCAGGCUACAGAGGAGGAAGAGGAGGAAGAAA